AUGGGGGAUGACCUCGACAGAUCUGAAAGACAUGGUGUGUCCAAGGCAGUGUUUUCGGAGGAGUCCCCGAAGGAUCUGGUGAUAGAGCAAAUAUUCGAUCCACUGAGAGAGCUAUUGAGGCGGAGCGAUGUAGUAGGCAUACAGGCCUCUACUGGGUCGGGCAAGACCACUCAAGUACCCCAAAUGCUGUUGGACUAUGGGAGAGAGAUGGGAGUUCCUCAUAGGAUUCUCGUCACACAGCCUCGGCGGAUGGCGACUCUAUCAGUGGCGAUGAAGGUCCGUAAUGAGAGAGGUCGGUCGAGGGGAGAUGAGCAGUCUGUUGGGUAUCUCGUUCAUAACAUAUCUUCCUUGCCUGGACAUCUGACGACGGUAGACUACGGCUCGAUACUGUACUGUACUGAGGGGUCUUUGUUGGCCUCUAUGGGCCAGAGGGAUGGGGCUGAUCUUCAUGGAGUGACACAUCUUAUCUUGGAUGAGGUGCAUGAGAGAAGUACUGAAAUGGAUGUACUACUCGGUGUGGUGAAGGCCCAUCUGGUUGGUAGAGGUGGGCUGAAGAUAAUUCUCAUGUCGGCGUCGGCUUCGGUCGUUGAUAUGCUUGAGUACUUGAAGCCUGGCAGCGUUGAUAGAGGAAACCUGCUCACUGUCAAUGAGAAACGUUUUGACGUAAAAGAGUAUUACUUGGAAAAUACGGUGAAGCUGCUGGGAUUUGAACCCCCGGUCUACACCAAGAUGAACCAGGCCGCUGACGUGGGGGACCGUGUGAGCCACUGGGCUACUCUGGCGCUCGACGAGGCUGAGAUCUUUCAGAAGGCUUCAGAAGCUGGACUUACCAAUUACGACAACGACGAGUUGGUCCAGCAGGCGUUGAGCUCGCCGGCCUUGGAGCCCUACCGGAUACCCACAGAGUUGAUCGAGAGUUUGCUCAUGUGGAUAAUCGAUGAUUGGACCGACAAGAUGGAGGCAAUGUACCACCCUGAGGAGGAGGAGAAUGCGAAACUGUAUUGUGCGGUGCUCAUUUUCCUGCCGGGUAUGGGCUCUAUCGCGAAACUCAUGAGGUAUCUUUUAAAAUCUUCGCCGUGCGCUGAGACCUUCAGACAACACUACUUGUUCAUACCCUUCCAUAGGGUCACUGCAGGGCAGCAUGCAAGUCGGCUUUUCAAGCGGCUGGAGAGUGUUGAUGGCCCUAGGAUAAAGUGCGUGCUGGCGACUAAUGUUGCCGAAACAAGUUUGACCAUCCCAGACUUGAGAUACGUUAUAGACUGCUGUCGGCAGAAGGUGAAGAAGAGCAAGAACUACUUGGAAGUGUGGUGGGCUGGCAAGUUCAACUGUCUUCAGCGUAGGGGCCGCACUGGACGUACGUGUAGUGGUACUUGCUUCCACUUGAUUCCUGAGAAGAUGUUCCACUUUGGUCUGCCAGAGCAGCUCGAGCCGAAUAUAGCACGAGAGCCUCUGGAGGGCAUUCUGCUGCAGUCACUCUGCCUCUCGAAUGGUCGCCUAAUCAGAGGUCUCGAUGAGCUCCUCACUUUCUAUAAGAACCUCCCACACGACCCUGAGACCCGUCGUGUGGUCCUGUCAGCGUCGAUGCUGAGAGAAGCCGGGGCUCUCGAUAAGGCGGGUAAUAUAACAAAUAGAGGUCGUAUAUUGGCAAGGCUACCACUUGAUGCCACCCAAGGUUGUGGACUACUCUGUGCAAGUGUAAUGUACAAUACCGGGUCCUAUAGUGAUGCUGUUGGCUUCUGGUUGGCCGUCACGUUGAUCCUUAUGUCUUCUCACUAUGACAUUUACUUUGGCACUGACUCGGAGGUUUUGGAUGGCGAUGAAGUCGCCGGCGACGCCUCGGAUGAUAGUAUGUCCUCUGGGCCGCCGAAGAGGAAGCUCCUACCGAUCGAGGCGGCCACUGAGGUCCACCUCGGCGUUGAUGGUCAGGAGCCUCGUCGGGAGGCUAUUCUUAGUGAUCACUUCCAGAAGCUUGUAUUCGAGAUCGAGUGGGAGCAGAAGUGGAUUCGUGAGGGCCAUCGCGCUGCUAAGGCGUUUGCCAAACAUCGUCAUCUGAGGCACAGUGCCUUGUCGAGCUUGUGGACCGAGCGGGACUUCCUUUUCCAGUGGCUAGAGAAGAAUGGUUUGACUCCAAAGAAGCACUUUGAGUGGGUGAACGGUACCAAGGAGGUCAUUAUACGGGAAGGAUGGAACCCUAUGGAACUUGUGCUGCAACAAGUGCCUGGGCUUGAGAUGGUAUUGGCAGCAGUAGUGGGAUCUGACAUAUGUCAGUCAGAUGAAGCAGGAGGGAUGAGGACCAUGGACCCACCAUAUGAGGUCGGUCAAAUGGGGUAUAGUAUCAAGCUCAGACCUGCGGACACUUCUGUGAUACACCUCUACCCACAGUUGAGCCCCGACCACCAAGGUUACCAGUACCUGCAGAUCUUCGUUUACUCGGGUAGAUCUGACAGUAUGUGGUAUGGCAAAGACGACAGCCGAGGUCGUAUAGGCUGCCUUACUCCGAUGCUUCCAGCUACGUUGGUAGUGGCAUCGACGGCUAAGAUGCGUUACUGUCCGGGUGCUGGCCUCUAUAUUAGUGAUAAGGCAUUGAUGAGCGAUUGCGAGGCGUUGGAGAUCCUAUGGGAUGUUAGGCUCAUCCUCCGAGAGGCUAUGGAUAUGGUAGCUGAGCAGUGGUUGGAUAGUCUGGGGUACCGUCCAAGAAGGAGAAGGAGGAGAGCAGCAGCAGCAGGGGCUGCUGAUACUGAGCAAAUUGACAGGGCUCGAAGGAUGGCUCUGGCUAUUGGUAAUGAAAAAUCUUAUGCAUACAACAGCAGUCUUGCUAUACAUAACUGGUAUCAGGAUGUACAGGUUUAG